UCAAUGCGAGCGCAUGCGUAAUGAAAUGGGCCUGAGUUUGAGCGCACACAGAAAAUUUGGGCAAGGUUUAGAAUGGCGGGCACAGGCUUAGUUGCCGGAGAGGUUGUGGUAGAUGCACUGCCGUAUUUUGACCAAGGUUAUGAAGCGCCCGGCGUGCGGGAAGCGGCUGCGGCGCUGGUGGAGGAGGAAACCCGCAGAUACCGUCCUACCAAGAACUACCUGAGCUACCUGACGGCCCCGGAUUAUUCUGCUUUUGAAACCGACAUAAUGAGAAAUGAAUUUGAAAGACUGGCUGCUCGGCAACCAAUAGAAUUACUCAGUAUGAAACGGUAUGAACUUCCAGCCCCUUCCUCAGGUCAGAAAAACGACAUUACCGCAUGGCAAGAAUGUGUAAACAAUUCAAUGGCCCAGUUAGAGCAUCAGGCAGUUCGAAUUGAGAAUCUGGAACUAAUGUCACAGCAUGGAUGCAAUGCCUGGAAAGUAUAUAAUGAAAAUCUAGUUCAUAUGAUUGAACAUGCACAGAAAGAGCUCCAGAAGUUAAGGAAACAUAUUCAAGAUUUAAACUGGCAGCGAAAGAACAUGCAGCUCACAGCUGGAUCUAAAUUAAGGGAAAUGGAGUCAACUUGGGUGUCCCUGGUCAGUAAGAAUUACGAGAUUGAAAGGACUAUUGUGCAACUAGAAAAUGAAAUCUUUCAAAUGAAGCAGCAACAUGGAGAGGCAAACAAAGAAAAUAUCCGGCAAGACUUCUAAAAAGACAAACUUGGUGGGAAGAAAAGAAGGCAAGCUGGGCUUUCACAGAAGAUCAGGCACCUGAACUGUGAGGGAAAACCGCAUCCUAAGAAAAUCAUCAGUGGUUAAAUGUUUAUUGUAGAGUGUGGACUGUUAUAUUUGUACAUUUCAGCAAAAUAAAAACUUUCAGCUUGG